AUGACCCUUCACACAGCGGCGAGGACCUGCCUGGCGAUCCUCCUCCUCAUCCUCCCCGUGUGCAGGCACACUGCCUUCGUGCGUGGCGAUGCCGACUUCUUGGACGUCCGCACCAGCCUGAAUCGUGAUCGAAGUGGAAAAGGAGGAGAUCCCAAAGACAAAUACUUUCACGAGUCGACGUUUCAUCCUCACUACGAUGGCCGAUUUGCGGCGGCCCAGAUCGGCAAGGAAGAGCGGCUUCCACAUCUCACCGCUCUCAUGCAGACUUUUCUGGCCACCAUGGCUGACAUUGGCGCCGAGACCUGGAUCAUGCACGGGUCCUUGUUGGGUUGGUGGUGGAAUCAAAAGAUCCUGCCAUGGGAUUCGGACAUUGACGUCCAGGUGUCUGAAACCACCAUCGCUUUCCUGGCAAAAUACUACAACAUGACUGAAUACCAUUUCAGACUCCCUGGGGUCGAGAAUGGCCGGACGUACCUAAUGGAAGUGAACCCACAUUACACAAUUCGUGGAGUGGAGGACAAGCUCAACGUUAUCGAUGCAAGAUGGAUUGACACGGAGACCGGCCUUUUCAUUGACAUCUCGACUGUACGAGCGAACUACACCGCAAGGGCAGAGGGGGUUCAAGGCGCCUUAAUGUGCAAGGACAAGCACAAAUACCUGGAACAGGACAUAUUUCCACUCCGAGAUAGCUUCUUUGAAGGCAUUCAUGUAAAGAUACCAUUUGAAUAUGCUACAUUGCUCGAGGAGGAAUAUGGAAAGAAGGCCCUGACACUCACUACUUUCGAGCAGCACAAGUUUAACCACACAAGUAAACUUUGGGAGCCCAUACUGACCUCAGUCCCGCCACGCCGGAAGCGACCCAACCGACCCUUUCGAAAGCCACCAACAUUUAACCCUUCCUGA